UACCUAUGUUUUCCAAGUUUGUAACAGCAUUCCCAUAAACAAAGACAAUUCGGUUUUUGUCACAUAUCAAAUCAAAUUAUUAUUAUUUUCACAAAUAAAUUACAACGUUUAGUGAAUGGAGCCUCCUUUUAAGCAUAUAUCAAGAGUGAUUCAUAUUAUGUUCAGUAUGUUGAAACAAAGGACUUUAAGGCACACCUUAGGGUAUGUGUCAAGUAGAAUAAAGGCGUUUGAGGAAGUUUUGGAGGCAGAUGUGGUUGAUAUUGAGAAGCUGAGGAAGUUAGCUUUUAAUGGUAUCCCUGACGAAAAGGGCUUGAGAUCUCUGGUAUGGAAGAUAUUGCUGCUCUACUUGCCCCAUCAAAAAAGCACUUGGAAAACGACCCUUAAUGAGAAAAGGCAAAAUUACAAACAUUAUAUAGAUGAAAUAAUAGUGUCUCCGGGUGGCCCCACUGACCACCCUCUGAAUAUCAGCCCUGACAGCUCUUGGAGCACUUACUUCAAGGACAAUGAAGUUCUGCUACAAAUUGACAAAGAUGUCCGUCGUCUGUGCCCUGAUAUAUCAUUUUUCCAGUCCGCCACAGAAUUUCCAUGCGAGGAAAUUGUCAACAGCAAUGGUGUGAAGAGAUUGCAUAAAAGAGUUGAACAAUCGGUCCUGAAAUUUUCAACUUUAGAAAGACGAGGACUUGGUGUGGCUAAAUUGAGCAAUGAAAUCCGGCGCUCGGACAGCUCACACAGCGGAGACUACGCACCUCUGAACGAGGGCUGUGAGGCGCACUGGGAGGUAGUGGAACGAAUGCUGUUCCUGUACGCUAAGCUGAAUCCCGGCCAGGGCUAUGUACAAGGAAUGAACGAGAUUAUCGGCCCCAUUUACCAUACAUUUGCUAUUGACCCCGACAAAGAAUUUAGAAAACAUGCUGAGGCUGAUUGCUUCUUUUGCUUCACCAACUUGAUGGCGGAGAUACGUGACUUCUUCAUACGUACCCUGGACGAGUCUGCCAGCGGCAUCAACUAUGUCAUGGGCAGGCUCAGUGAUUGCUUAAAGAAGACUGAUCCUGCUGUUUGGAACUUGUUGGAGAUACAAGAACUGAGGCCCCAAUAUUAUAGUUUUAGGUGGUUGACACUUCUGCUCUCUCAAGAAUUCUCACUACCAGAUGUGGAACGGAUUUGGGACUCCAUGUUUGCUGAUGGAAAGAGAUUUGAUUUCCUAAUUCACAUCUGCUGUGCCAUGAUUUUAUUGGUGAGAAACGACUUGCUCAGCGGAGAUUUUGCGUCCAAUGUGAAAAUACUUCAAAACUUUCCACCGAUGGAUGUAUCCCUGAUCUUAAACAAAGCUGUAGAAAUAUCAAACAUUCGAUAAAUUACAUUCUUUUAGUUAUUUCUUAUUAACUUUGAUAUCUCAACAUUUUUAAUCUAGAAUAUACAUACGAUGCAUUUACAUCUUUGGCGUUCUUAUUGUUAAAAAGACAUUUGGAUGUACCUUUUGGAUCUAUCGAAUAUUUUUUUAUUUAUUGUGUAUAAUGUUGUAUAAGGCCUAUUGUUCGUUGGAAACCAAUUUACUCCCGAAUUACUAUCAAUCAAUUACUAGAAUAAGUACAAUAUUAUUUAUGUAGCUAUAGUUUUAAUUAUGUAGUAUGCUUUGCAAUGAGAUGUCAACAGUUAUAAAACUUGGUAGUGACGUCAGUAUAGAUAGACAAGAGAGGUAGAGCGGAGCUAAAUUGACAUUGUAUUGGUCUCGAAAAUGCAUUUACGUACAGACUUUAAAAUAAAGAUUUUUAAUCUCAUUGCAAAACCUAUUCCAUUAGUUAUUCAAAUUGUUUGCCAUAAUUGUAGUUACCCCAUCUACAUUCAGUGUUCUGUAUUUUAUAUAAUAAUUGUACGUCAACCCCGCAUUUCUGGCCGUAGCGAUUCAAUAGACAUGUAAACAUGUUUGUGCUUUCAGUUUUUUUAUACUUAAAUGUGAUAAUCAUUAAAUUAUUAGAAAAAUAAAAACGAACCUAAUGUAGGGAUUAAGAUUAAUAGUCUAAGACUAUACUUGACGGGACAUCUUAACGUAUGCCUGUACUAUGAGAGAGCUCAUGAUGGAAGUUCAAUGCAACGCACAUUUAUUAAUGAUUCUCUCUCGUGAUUCUCUUCGUUCGCGGCUAAUCUCUUGUUGCCGUGCUGUAUACAGGACUAAGAAAAGAUAAUGAGACUCCUAAGUAUCUCUUAUUAUGUACUAUUUCUAAAACCAUGUCUAACUUUGCGUAUUCUUAUAUACUCAAUAAUAUUAGUGUCUGUUUAAUCAAUCAAUUUUUAUAGAAUAAAUACUACAUGUUAUACAAGUAAUUUUAAUAAAAUUGGUAGUACAUUAUUGAAUUAUGAAAACUUACAAUAACUUCCAAACGAGCUCUUUAUGUAACUAAUACGUACUUUUUAUGUGGUAAUAAGGUUGAAUAAUUCAAACUCUUCAAUUAAAGCAUCUUCGAUAUUACGUACUGAUAUGACUUAGAGGUGUAAUGCAAAAUUGAGUCUGUAUUUCAUGUUAUUGUAUGUUAAUGGCCGUAGUUAAGUAUUUUUAUGUAUGUAGGAAUAGAUUUUAGAGACGUAGAUAUGACAUAACCAUUAUGAUAAUAAAAUACAUACGUAUAACAUGUAUUUAAGUAAAAAGUGCAUAGCUACUGAUUAAGACCACCACCUGAUUUUACUGUGCAGUUAUUGUGUGGUGUUUUCGGUAAUUUUUUCGUCAUACGUUUCCCCAGAGCGCUAAUAUUACAGUAAAGGAAUUCACUGGUUGCCGUAUGCUUGGCAGAAGAGAAUAGCAUUGUCAGUACCACGACUCUUCCCGCGAAUGUCGUAAGAGCCGACUAAGGGCCUGAACAGCAGAAGGGCAGCAGCCCUCUCUGAUAGAUAAACCGUGGAGAUUUUAGAUAUAGGAUAUAUGACAUCGUUAACGUUAACCUCGCCACCAACUUUCUUAUUUUACUGAGUAAUCGCAGUGUUGACAAUGUACCUAAUACAUAUCUAAAGAAAUAAGAAAUAACCGUAUCCGUAAUAUAGCAUUUGUAAUGUAUUUUAUCGUGGAAGGAUUGUAUAUUUAUGAUCCUGUCAUAAGUUUUAUAUUGUAGCUAUAUGCGUACACUCGUUAAUUGCUGUUAAUAAUAGUGAGGGAGGGCUAUAGAAGGAACUACUUGAUAAUUAAUAUUUGGUGUAUGACAUUUACUGCCACUAGCGGAGUAGAGUCGUUUUUAAAUUGUGAACUGUUUUUUUAGUACUCGAGCGUUACAGAUAUUGAUUGUACUGAUAUUCGCAAUGAAAUAAUCCUAAUCUGCCGGGUUAGGUUAGGGGGCCGUGUGAAAGGGUAACAUGAAAAUCCUUCAAUACCUUCCCAUUUAUAAAUCGUGUUCAAGUCUGCAAAGCAUUGAAAUGCACUUCAUAGUACGUGAUCAUGCAACAUUUCCUCCUUUAUUAUGGCGAAACUGUUUUAUUUUGAUCGGUUGCCUGUAUAAACCAUACAAAUAAGUGAGUGUAUAUAGCAGGCUACUAGAUAUUUGCCAUAUUUAUUUAUCUGACACGCUCGAGUAACUACCGAUAUGCCUGGUUCCCUCACUAUACCAUUAUUCAUGUUAUAGAGUACCAAGACCUGAAUACGUAGUAAAUCAUAUGUCUAAACAGUUCUCUUCAUAUUGUAAGCACAAAAGUAAAUGUAGCAUAAAUGAUAAUUACAAUGGUCACGCAAAUGUAAUGCGACGUAAAUGUUUAACAAGUUAUGAUCUAUAAUUCCACAUACCUAAUAAUAAUUGCAUGUUUUGACGUAUUUUAUCCUCUUAGAACGAUUUUUAAAAAUCCAGUACCAUGUAGCUACCAUUACAGUACCACCGCCAUGUGACUAUGUGACAACCAUGACACCUAUCGCUCCGUAGUGUAACAUGUCAUGUACUUCCUCGUUUAUGUGUUAUAUCAAUUUUGGAAAAUAAAUGGGCAAAGUGUAAUGUA